AUGCGCGGCGUAACGGCUACCAUCCCGGGGUCACAUCCUUCAGACAGCACGUACCUCACGCUGCCGGCCAACCAGCCCCUCUACUCUCCCGGCACGCUGCGCAAGUCGCGUCUCAGUAGCUUUUGGCAGGGUACUCAGGACGUAGAGGAUGGGCGUCUACCGACGAUCGAGCAAAGCCCGCCAGAGCCAAGUGAGGGCGCCGUCGACUCUCAGCCGGAAAGCGAGCGCACAGAGCCAGAUUUUGCGGCUCAGCAGCCCGACACACACCCACCAAUCCCAAUCAUAGGCGCGUCAGUACCGCCUGCUACGGCCCCCGUCAAAUACAACACGCAGGAGCCCGAUGAAGACUACUUCGGGCCUGUUGAGCCGACGCGAGUCGAGACGCUCAUUCAGGCAGGCGAGCCUCCCUUCCCUACCAACAUCAUUCUGGAUCACCACCCGGAACGCCAGGUCUCCGCGCCCCCAUUCGACGUCGACCCGCAGACGGUCCCUGCACUUCCCAGGAGGAUAUGUCUCACGCGUCAGACUUCUGCGCCACUGCCAACGCAAUCACUGUACGAGCGGCGUAUACGUUCGGCGCGGCCGGCGUCGGAGAGCUAUGUGAGUGGCUCAACGGGGAGGGCGGCGAAGGAGGAGCAGAUGUAUUCGGAGUUGGGCUACCUCGCACCGCCUAACCCCCCUGAUGAGCUCGAACGACGCAGAGCGCUCUACAAGUUCAAUAUCUGGGGCACGGGAAGGGACCUCAACUUCGACCGGAUCGUGCACCUCGUCAAACUUGUGUUCAAUACGAAGAUCGUCACGAUCUCGUUGGUGGACGGAACAGAGGAUGCUGUUGUGUCAGCGGGACUGGGCGUACAGAACAUGUCGAGGACGAUAUGCUUUGACGCACAUACGAUCCUGCAAAGGGAUGACGAACCCACUGUGGUCCUUGACGCGUCGGAAGACUGGAGAUUCGCCAAAAAUCCCCUCGUCAUCGGAGACCCUCACAUUCGCUUUUACGCUGCGUGUCCACUGCGCACGCACGAAGGGUACAACAUUGGCACGCUGUCGAUCAUCGAUGACACUCCACGACGUGAGUUUAGCCCUCGGCAAAGGCACACGCUCAAGGAGUUCGCGCAAGUUGCCAUGAGGGAGUUGGAGUUGUGGAAAGAUAAGAUCCAGCUUCGCAUUCGCGAUCGCAUCCAAAAUUCUAUGGAGCAGUUCACGCGAGAUUGCCUCGAUCUUGACAAGGAAGUCGAGAGCGAGAAGGGCGUCUUUGUGGGUACAUCCAUGGAGCAGGUCUACCUGCGUGCUGCACGGCUCGUGAAGCGGACGCUCGACGUGGAAGGCGCGGUUGUGCUAGACGUGUCCCAUGUCGACGUCGUCGAGACCGUGGGCGCGGAGAGUGCCAUGGCCGUGACAGUACACAACGCAGAUCGGAUCGCGGGCAGUGCUACGGUCAGCAAGUCGCUCAGCAAAGAGGAGUACUCGCGGCUGCAAGAAUUCUUCACAAAAAACCCAGAUGGCAAGGUUUGCGAAGGCAUCGUACCGACAACACUUAGGCCAUUCUUGCCGCAGCGUAUACAGUAUGCACUUGUCGUCCCUAUCUUCAACAUCGACAAGCAGCCGUUCGCGUUGCUCUGCGCGUACAGCACUGGUGAACGCACGACACCUUUCCUUGAGGGUCAUGAGUUGUCAUACCUUCGUGCGAUAGGUGUCAUCAUCCUUUCGGCAGUGUUGAAGCGCAGGAUGAUUCUUGCCGACAAAGCUAAGAGCCUCUUCAUUUCCAACAUAUCGCAUGAGCUGCGAACCCCGUUGCACGGUAUCCUGGCGUCUGCGGAGUUGCUGUCGGACACGCCACUGGAUCACAGCCAGGCGUCCUUCCUACAGACGGUUCAGGCGUGUGGGACGUCCUUGGUCGAGACCGUGAACCAUGUGUUAGACUUCACGAAGCUGAGCGGCAACUCGAAAGCCGGAGGCGUAGAACACACCAUUCAUCACAGCCGAGUCAAUUUGAUGCAAUUGGUCGAGGAGGCUACGGAGGGAUGCUGGAUUGGGCAUCGAGCGAGAAUGUUCACGUCUGAAAUUGGCAGCGUGUACUCACCUCCCAAGGCGGACCGCUCAAGUGCGCUUGCGGACCCGCGUCCGCGUCAUGUCGAGACCGUUCUCGACAUUGGGCAUAGUAAAACUGGUUGGACCUUUCUCUGUGAGAAGGGUGGCAUUCGUCGGAUCUUGAUGAACGUUUUCGGGAAUAGUCUGAAGUUUACGACUGAUGGCUAUGUACAUGUCAUGCUUCGUCAGCUUCCAACAGGCGACGAUAAUGCGAAGAACAAAGUCAUGGUAGAGCUCUCCGUCAUAGACACCGGGAAGGGGAUCAGCCAAAAUUUCUUGAAGAACCAACUGUUCCACCCAUUCUCUCAAGAGAAUCCUCUGCAGACAGGCACAGGAUUGGGUCUUGCAAUUGUCAACAGCAUUGUUCGUUCGAAGAGCGUUGACGGGAAGGUAGAUGUCUGGAGUGCCGAGGGCGUUGGUACCGAGAUUAAGAUCACCUUUGCCGCCGAGGUGCUCGAGGAUGCUCACGCUCGAGCAGCCGAUGAAGAUUUGAUCAAGGUGUACGAGUCCCUCAAUCGUCCUCUGAUUUCCCUUCUCGGGUUCUCAGACCCGCAUCGCGGGGUGCAACUCUUACGCACCGUCACCACGUCAUAUCUGUCUUCGCGGUGGGGCCUCGACAUCGCUGAAGACGAUCAACCUGGUCAACUCGUCAUUGUGAACGAGGUCCUCGAGCCGAUUACGCAAGCUAUCGAGAACAAGGACGGAUCCCGGCCAUUCAUUAUUCUCUCCUCGCUGCGGGGUGAUCCCCGUUUGAUGAACAUGGUUGGCGAGUACGAGCGCAUCGGAGGCUUCUGCAGGAUUGUGUACAAGCCUGUCGGCCCCGUUCGACUACAUGCUGCGCUGAAGCUGUGCUUGCAUGUGUUGACGUUCGGUCAAGGUACCAAGAAGAACUCCGCGCUGCACGGCCGGCCAGAAUCGCCUCAGCCAGUCAGUCCAGCUGCGCUCUCGGACGAGGGUGUCUACUCUACGCUACCUCGCCGCUUCUCAGAGGAGACCACUAUGCAAGUGCACAAGAAGGCACGGCCAACUCUAGGCCUGCGCGCCGCGACGGCUCAUCCAGGAGCUAGUUGGUCGCAUAUGACGACCCCUCCAGAAGACAUGGACGGCAUUGAGCCUGAACCUCCGGACUCGGCACCAUCCUCGCCAAAUUCGGCUAGCCCCACGGUCAACAUCGGUACAAGUGGAACGCUGCUUAAAUCGUCUAUUGGUUCACUUGGCGUCCGAAGUGCCUUGCGCGUCUUAGUUAUCGAAGACAACAGCAUAUUGCGAAACUUGCUAAUAAAAUGGCUCAGGAACAAGGGCCAUGAAUUUCGCGAGGCCGUUGACGGGCUGGAAGGUGUUCGUAUAUUCGAGACCGACGGUCAUUUUGACGUGGUUUUAGUAGAUUUGUCUAUGCCGGUGCUUGAUGGCGUUAGCGCUACUAUACAGAUGCGAUCGAUCGAGACUACGCGAAAGCUUGCUAACCCGUCAUCAGAAGGUUCUGACCAGAAGCUACCUGCAGCCCGGAUUCUGGCGCUUACUGGCAUGUCGUCUCUGGAAGACAAACGACGCGCCUUUGAGGCUGGCGUGGAUGGCUAUAUGGUCAAGCCAGUUGCAUUCAAAACUUUGGACACCAUGUUCCAGAAGCUAGGCAUCGUCUCGUGA